UUCCUCGUUAAACAUUUGCCUUUCAUAUCAUUUUCGUUACCAAAAGUUCAACAUUUGUGUUCAAACUUCUUUUUACAUAGCUAUGACAAUGAAGAGGAUGAGAGAAGAUGGUGGGAUAGAGAGCUUAGACAUGGCUAAUUGUCUAAUGUUGCUCUCUCAUAGCUUAGAGACCAAGCACAGGAAAGCCUCACGGGCUGAUGUGUUUGAGUGCAAGACUUGUAAUCGUCAAUUCCCAUCGUUUCAAGCUUUGGGUGGCCACAGAUCAGCGAGCCACAAGAGACCAAAAUUGAUGGGGGAAGAACUGAAAGAGAGUACAAAAACUCAGAACUUGGGGAAUAAGCCUAAGAUGCAUGAGUGCUCAAUAUGUGGGCUUGAGUUUGCUAUGGGGCAAGCUUUGGGUGGUCACAUGAGGAGGCAUAGAGCAAUGAUGGAUGGUGCAUUUUCUUCCGCUAUCAUAGAAAAGAGAGUGCCGGUGCUGAAAAGAUCAAAUAGUAAGAGGGUUAUGUGCUUGGACUUGAACUUGACACCUUUGGAGAAUGAUUUGAAGUUACUAUUUGGGAAGAAGGCUCCUCAAAUUGACUUUACUUUGAUGAUUUGAUUUGAUACCACAAUUGUAGUAGGUGCUAACAAUUUUUCAUUUCAGAUUCAUUGAUUUAUUUUAUGUACAAUGCCAUUCUUUUUAAUUUUUUCCAAUUUUGUAUUGAAUAUAUUGGAUCUUAGUUGUAAAAAUGGUUUUGGCCUUUUACAUUGGCAUGUCCUUAAAUUUGGCAUCCAUUGAGGAGAUGAGAACACCUGCCUAUGAAAUUUCAGAGAAAGGAGUGAAGUUGGCUCUUACAGAAAGCCAAAUACCGCAUCUUCAGAGAACUCCUUUUGCAGAUUUAAA